AUGCCCGCUCUUCUCAACAAAGCGCCAGAUCACGACAUAGACCAAUGGCUGCCACACACCACGGCGCAAGUGAAAGCUCACGGUAUCUGUGCCGGCCAGGUCAUUGCCUCUGGAAAUCAAUUGAUUGUGCAGAGCCUCGGCACAGCUUUACAAACGAAGAAGCCGUCAAAUGGGCGAAGUCAAUACUCCGAUAAAAGCUACAUCAGUUGCAUGAUCCUGUUGUUUUUACACUUUUCGGGCACCUCCCCAGUGAAUCGUAUCACUGCCGUCGCGAAUGAAACAGAGCGGCAGCAGCCUUAUCGACCAGGCAAUGCACCACCCUCUCCUACUCAAGCUCAAAUAGAUGAUAUUCUUCGGCCUGCAAGGCCUAAAGCACUGCGUGUCUACGGUCAUAACACCACUGCUGACAAUGGCUGCUGGCUUCGUCUCUGCUACACGAAUGAAGAGGGUUAUAAUACUCUAUGGUCUGCCAAUGAACUCGCAGAAUGGGUAACUUAUGAUGGGGUUGUCCUUGACGAUGAAAGUAUUUUCGGUGGCCUGGAUUUGGCAGCUGCUCUGGAAAUAUUUCCUGAGCGUGUCGUAAAUGAGCGGGUCAAUUUUGAGAAUAGAGAGGAGAGCCUUAGGGACGCGAUAGAGGAUGCCGAAGAAGGCGACUGGGAUGAAAACCCUCUUGAGCCCUACGCUCUGUAUCAGGCAGAGUGUGUUGUUACCUAUAUGUAUGUGGAGGAUGAUGUCGCGGAUGAUGGAUCGGAGAGCAAUUAUGAUGGCGCUUGGUUUGAGCGUGUUUGGAAAGGGGACUUUGAAGGUGAGCGUGGAGAAGUCGGUCCUGCUUAUCAGGAGGGUGGAAGCCGAGGUCCCCCAUACACUCUUUGA